AUGGCGGCUCGUCCGCUCGGGAGGAUGCUCGGGAGCCGCCGCCUGCUCCUCCUGCUGCGCUCCCCGCUGCCGAGCGCCGGCCGCGCCCGCGCUGCGCACAGAGGCACAGACACAGACCCCCUCACUAAACAAGCUGAAGCAGCUGCUGCUACAGACUGGGAAAAAAAAUUGACUCCGGAGCAAUUCUAUGUUACACGAGAAAAAGGAACAGAACCGCCAUUCAGUGGGAUCUACCUGAAUAACACAGAAUCAGGAAUAUACUGCUGUGUGUGCUGCAAUGCCCCCCUCUUCAGCUCAGAGAAGAAGUACAAUUCUGGAACUGGAUGGCCAUCUUUUUCUGAGGCUUAUGGUACUUGUGGCAGAGAUGAAACUAACACCAAUAUUGUGAGACGACCAGAUAACUCACUGGGGUCAAGAAGAACUGAAGUUGUCUGCAAACAGUGUGACGCCCAUCUAGGCCACGUGUUUGAUGAUGGACCCACACCUUCUGGGCAGAGGUUCUGUAUCAACAGCAUUUCAUUAAACUUCAAACCAGGCUCUGGUCAGUGA